AUGGUUCAAAAUUCAAAUGGUGAUACGCAGCAUAAAGAACAAAAUAACAACAACAAUGGCGACUUUCCAGAUAAACCGGAAUGGUUAACACCAGAAUUGUUUAGUGAUUUCUUAAAAAAUGAUUAUCCAAAUUAUACAAAAAUUACCAACUUUGAUGUUAAGCGGGCAGUGGCUGCAGGUGAAAAUUUUAUGACCACCUUAUUAAGAAUACAUUUAGAAGUUGAAUUGCCCGACUCGAGCACCAAAUCCACAUCCUAUAUGGUGAAAAUAAAACCCAACACUCAACAAAUGGAAAAUAUGAUCAAAGAAUGGCAAAUAUUUGAAAAGGAGCAGGCAACCUAUUCCAAAUAUAUACCCAAAUUCGAAGAAUUCUAUUCGAAUGUGGGGAAGACUGUGCGGUUUGCUCCAAAAUUACUGGAAUUGAAAAAUGCCACCCAUAACGAUUAUUUACUUAUUAUGGAAGAUUUACGUUUGCAUGAUUUUAAAAAUGCCAAUCGGCAUUUGGGUCUUGAUAUCGCACACACAAAGGCAGUACUUGAAAAAUUGGCACAAUUUCAUGCUGCAUCAGCACGUUAUGUUGAAUCGGUGGAGGAAUUCCCCAAAAUGUACGACCAGUGUGUGGUGGCGGAGAAGGAUGAGUUUGUAGAACAUCGUCUGAAUGCUGGAAAAACCUUUAGAGAUAAUAUGCAUUUGUAUGGUGAUUUGGAAUAUUUACGAGAGAAAUUGAAAAAAUGCGUUGAAUCUCAAUCGGACCCAUAUCAAAUCAAAUCAAAACGAAAUCCCGCCGAAUUUAAUGUACUAAAUCAUGGUGAUUUAUGGGUAAACAAUAUUAUGUUCCAAUAUCAUGAAGAUGGCGCGCUGAAAGAGACCUAUUUCAUUGAUUUCCAAUUGGGUCGCUAUGGAUCGCCGGCACAGGAUUUACAAUAUUUUCUUUACUCAUCAACCAAUUUGGAAAUUAAAUUAAAACAUUUUGAUUAUUUCAUUGCCUAUUAUCAUGAAAAAUUAGUGGAGAGUUUGAAAUUA